AGACAAUGAGUUGGAAGUGUAAUAGUGGUGGGGGAGGAAGUGAUGGAAAUGGGGGUUGUGACGCAGCAAUUGUCAGGCCUAGCAUCAAUGGCAGCUCAUCCCAUAACAAUAGAAAUAUUCAGGCCCCUCCCAGAUGGACAGAUCUACACUCACGAGUUAAAGAAAUGCGCCGAACUUAUUCCCAACUAUUUGUCAAAACUCCAACAAAGAUAAAAUUUCGUUUAAUAUCUGAUGACGUUCUUAGAAUAUACUUCCUCCUCUGCCCUGGUCAAGGAAGAGAAGCCACUCUUUUUUAUGCUGACUUGAGCCUCUCUGUGAUUGGAUCCAGCUCACCAUUAUCAGUCCAGGAGGUGCUGGACACAACUAAUCAGUUUAUUUGGAGGCGCACAAGUCGAGAGGAGCAACUGUUAAGUGAGCGUCGGAGAUGUAGCAUGUGGGGCAUCACGCACUAUCAGCUUCAUCCUGAGACUGGCACACUUGCCUUCCCAGCUGCCUCCACCAUCUUUUAUUGUCAACAUCCUAUCCUGCCUGCUGGUGCCAUGGCUCCUAAAGAACUGCCUACUGGCAAAGUUCGGCUCAACCCCCAGUUGUGUCCUUCCAGCCCUCACCUCAUGGCCUACUCUGCUUCUAAAGAUGUCUACAUUUACAACACAAAGACCAAUUCAGAAUACCGUGUAAGCCACUGCCACCUGGGCACUGGAUGCCUGGACCAAGACCCGCUGAGUGCCGGUGUGCCUGCGUACGUCAUGCAGGAGGAGUUCUCUCGCUACCAGGGGUAUUGGUGGCAGCCCAAGACAUGGGAGGCUGGACUACACAGGCUCUUAUAUGAAGAGGUUGACGAGUCACAAGUACUCAUUGUUCAGUUCAUGUCGCCAGAUCAGAGCUGUCCUGAGGAAUUUCGAUUUCCUCGUGCGGGCGCCAACAAUGCAACAUCAAGGCUGCGGCUGGCAGAGGUGAGCACCGAGGGCAAGGUGCUGCGGGUGCUGCAGCUGGUGCCUGAGCUGGAGCUGAUCGCUCCCUGGUACCAAUACCUCGUCAGGGUUGGCUGGACGCCUUGUGGCCAAUACGUGUGGUGCCAACUUCUGGAGCGUCGUCAGCGCAGACUGGACCUCAUUUUGCUGCCACUUGGGCUUUUCUCGCAAGUUCUUUCUCAGAAAGAAUUUCAGUUUCGCCAACACUCGUCCACAAGCCACGACUCGAUGAGAUCUCUCAAUGUUGUAUCAACUCAACCUACUGUUCAACAGCAAAACGUUUCCUUACCGGUCUCGCAUGUUCAUCAAAUGCAUCAGCAUCAAAUGCACCAACAACAGCAUGAAAUGCAUCAACAGGAUAUGCAUCAACGCCAACAUGAAAUGCUUCAACAGGAGAUGCAUCAACGCCAACAUGAAAUGCACCAGCGCCAGCAGGAAAUGCACCAACAAAUGCAGCAGCCUGUGUUCGGGCAGUCUCUCCACCAGAACGGCCCCGCACUCAUGCCAUACACUAUCUUAUCUGAAUGCAAUGAAGACUCCUGGAUUGAUGUGCACUGCUUGCUUUAUUGGUUCAAGAAUGACGAAUCAACCAUCCGAUCAUUUGUGUGGGGCAGCGAAGAGUCAGGUCACAGGCACCUCUACUUCUACCGAGUUAGACUGGCAGGCUGCGGCACCGUGCAGGUGCAACACAAGGUAGCCCUCACAGGCGGCGAUUGGUCGGUGCUCAGCAAGGGCUUGUGGGUGGAUGAGGACAGAGGACUCGUGUACUUCAUGGGCCUCAGGGACACGCCUCUUGAACAGCACCUGUAUGUUGUCAGCGUCAGUGAGGCCCUCUCAAGGAGCUCUUGGGCCACGCCUCACCGCCUCACCGCGCUGGGAUACUCACACACAGUCUACCUAAGCAUUGAGAGUCAAGUGUUUGUGACGAGGUACAGCAGCGUCAACUUCCCGGGCUCGUCUCAAGUGUAUCGCAUCUGUCCACCCGAGCACCCCGGACUUCUCGUCUCUACCCGCAUCUGUGCUGAGCUGCUGCCUCAUGCUGCGAGCGAAGGCGUGCGAGACCUACUGCCCCUGGUGGUGCCUGACAUUGUGCCUGUGGAGCUGUCGAGCGGCCCCACGCUGUACGCGAUGCUCUUCAAGCCUCACAACUUCAAGUGUGAUCGCAAGUAUCCUGUUGUGCUGCACAUCUACGGCGGACCUCAAGUUCAGCUUGUCACUAAUUCUUUCAAGGGCUGCCGCCACAUGCGCAUGCACAUGCUGGCGUCCCACGAGAUGUGCGUGGUGAGCAUAGACUCCCGCGGCUCAGACAACAGAGGCGUGCACUUCCAGGCGCACAUCAAGAACAGGAUGGGCACCGUCGAGAUCGAGGACCAGGUGGAAGCGCUUCUUAUUCUCCGCGAACGCUUUCCCUUCUUGGAUCUGGAGCGCGUGGGUGUGUUUGGUUGGUCGUACGGAGGCUACUUGUCCCUCAUGGCCCUGGCACAACGCGGCGACUUCUUUAAAGUUGCUGUGGCCGGCGCGCCUGUCGUCAACUGGGCUUACUAUGACACGGGGUACACAGAGCGAUACAUGGACACUCCAGAGCACAAUAGUACGGGAUACAAGAACUCUUCCGUGUUGUCCUUCGUCAAGAACUUCCCUGAUGAAGAGGGACGUUUGCUGAUCGUGCAAGGCGUGAUUGAUGAAAACGUCCACUUCUGCCACACCAGCGCCCUCAUCCAACAUUUGGUGGCUGCUGGCAAGCCGUACCAGUUGCAGGUGUAUCCCCGGGAGCGCCACUGCUUGAGGCAGCUGGAUUCUAACGAGCACUUCGAAACUCAGCUGCUACACUUCCUGCUCAAGGGCCUAUGAUGACGCGGCCCCUUAGUACCUUUGCUCUCUUGCUCUUCUGAGAGUUACUCUGAUCAUCUCCUGCUCUGAACUUUCAUCACUACCUGAAGGAUUCUAAGCGGUUGUGCACCUCCAACCCAACUUCAUUCAAAUACCUUCAAGGAAUAUCGAACUUCAAGUCUCACGUGAAUAUAGUUUCUAACUAUGAUCACUCUUUAGCUCUUCUGCAUUGAAAACAUCACGAAAAUUUGCUGUGACGCCGUCAGGAUAAUAAUGCAAUGUAUUAUUCAGUUAAUGAAGCUUAUGUAUGACUUUAGAUAUCAGUUUCGGUUGUUGAAUCGCUCGUUGACCUUCGGAAAGUUUCAUCUAGGGUUCAGUUGGCAAACCUAACUGAAUAUUCUGGGGUUUGCGUUCUUGGUAUUAAAUGAUUUUGAAAAUAUCUUUAUGCUUAGUAAAUUUUACCUUGUGUUCGCUCACAGCUCUUGAUUCAAAGGUAAGGCUUUGUGAGUACGUUAAUAUGUAGCGUUGAAACGUGGCUCUCAUGCUGAUGUUCAUAGAUUCGAUGUAUCAAUACCUGUGAUGUUCUCAAUAAUAACCUAGCCUGUUGCUGACGACGGAUUUUUCUCUGUGCUUCCUCUAAUCUCACAUCAUUGUUAGCAGAUUGUUUUCUUAUUUAUAUGUCGUUGCUCUAAACAUUUAAACUUGAAUUGUAAGAUUUACGCUCAUAAACCGUCGUGAGA